UUGAGAGAUAGUCCCGGUUUUGUUUUUUAUUCCCCAACUACUCCUUUUUGUAUUUUCUACUCCUAAUUUUGCUUGGUUGGACUGCUCGGUUCGUCAUUCGUUGCCAGAACCCGGUAAACGGGUGAACAAUCCCUCUGGCCUUUUGUGGCUCUGUGCCUCGCUGAAAAAUCCAUCGACCGUCUCGAGCCGAGUGCGCCCGCGCAUUCCUUCGCAUCCGGCCAAGCAUGGGCGAUCUGAACAACACCGCCGCGGCGAGGGAGCAGCUCCUGCCCGUCGCCGACCCCGCGUAUCGGUUCCGCUCCUUUUCAAUCCACGAUGACGACCCUGCGGUUCGCAAACGAUACCGCCCAUUCCUCCUGGGCGACGAGAUAUCCAAUUCGGACUGGGUCAUGAAGCUCGAACUGGCGGCGGCGGCUAAGAUGGUUGAGACCGAGAUUCUCUCCCAAGGAAAGGACAGAUUGAGAGUUCUCGUGCUCUACGGGAGCCUCAGGAGCCGGUCAUACUCGAAACUCCUCGCCUACGAAGCCUCUCGCAUUCUCUUCCGCCUCGGCUGUGACGUCCGAGUCUACGAUCCAUCCGGCCUCCCAGUCAAAGACGACCAGCAGCACGAUCACCCCAAAGUCCAGGAGCUCCGCGAGCUCAGCAAGUGGAGUGAUGGUCACGUCUGGGUGAGCCCAGAGCAACAUGGCAACCUUACCGCCGUCUUCAAGAACCAGAUUGACUGGAUCCCGCUUUCCACCGGCAGUGUCCGGCCGACGCAGGGAAGAACACUAGCGAUUGCCCAAGUCAACGGCGGCUCACAGUCUUUCAAUGCUGUGAACUCGCUACGGAUCCUAGGCCGCUGGAUGAGGAUGUUUACUAUCCCGAACCAGAGCUCCAUUCCCAAAGCAUGGACGCACUUUACGGACGCAGACGAUCCGGUGGACGGGGGCAGCCGUCUCAAACCGAGCUCAAACAGGGACAGGCUGGUAGACUGUAUGGAGGAGUUUGUGAAAUAUACAAUCAUCAUGCGGCCGCAUUUUGAUCUCUUUGGGGAUCGAUUCAGCGAGAGGGAGGAUGCAAAGGCAAAGGCAAAGGCAAAGGCCGCCACGUGAAUGGGCGCUCGGUUAUAUUAGAUGGAUAGGUGCGCUGGUAAAUUAGAUCAAUAGAUGGUUAAACGCAAUACCUCCUCCGAAACGCCAUUGUCUCAACUCGGCUCCUCUCCACACUACG